GGGAGGUGUACAGCCAAACGCCCCCAUCGCCUUCUAACCCAUGACAAGCUAGGGUCGGCGGAUUCGGCCUUGUGUCUCUGAGCGAUAAGGAGGCAAAUCCGGAGGGGAUGGGGUCCAUGUUCGAUUCGUCAUUGUUGGACCUAUCUUCCCUGACCUCCACUCUGAGCCAGCUGUCACAAGCUCCGAAAGGUGUGUGGGCGUGCUGUGAGAUGAGCGACUUAAUCAAAACAGAGACUGUUGCCAGAACGUACAGCAAAGCGGCAACCAGCUUUGCUUUGCACGAUGUAACACCAGAAGACAUACUUAUCAUGGAGAAAAUCGAUCCUUACACGAUCGUGCUCAAGAGGCAGAAGAUUGGCAGCAGCAGUGAGGUGGUGCUCAGGAAAUUCCAGAACAAGAAAGCAUGGGGUGACAUGUACGCGAAGUUCAUGAUGCACGAUCCGAACGACUGCGUCCUCGUCAGUGCAGAGCCAUGUGUCUCCUAUCCUGCUGUGCUUCGGCAGACCAUCGGUAUGAGGUCCGCUGAGUACAGAAACCUCCUGACGUCCAUCAUCAGGAAACUGCUCCCAGAUUGGUUGCGAGCGGAGCUCACAGCAGAUGGCGGCAAUGACUCGGACCCUACAGACAAGAACGGGCACAUGAUGUACGUGGCGUCCCUGAUCACGAUGCUAUCGACCCGCUCUUGGACAAAGGCUGAGGGCCAGGCCAUGGAUUCUAUGAUACGGUCAAAUUACAAAAUUCCUUUCAACCACGACUGGGUGGAUGAUUUCGGAAAGGUACUCAAAAAGAUCUGGAACAACGGCGGCGUUCCCAGCCUAGGCAAUCUCCGUGCCGUCGAGCACUCUAGGGUGCCUGGCUCAUGCAAGAACAAAGCUGUGCUCGCCCUGACCAUUGUCGAUGCCAUCAGACCAAGACACAGAUGGGUGGCUUGGUGCAUUUGGAGGGCCAGGAACCAAAGCGAGGCAGAAGGGCGCUUCCCGCACAAGAAGGAGACGCCCAUCGACAUGAGCUUCUGCCAGCUGCACUGUGUGAAUGCCCACCUCGAUACGCACCUGUGGUUUGACGUGAUUCGCUUCUGGGACCGCGACCCACACCACAAGUGGCCGCUGCGGUACCCCGACCCAGAGCUCCUCAACGCUCCAACGCCUAGCAACUUCGACCUGACGUCCCACACGCAGUGGAUGAGGAACCAUGCCGCCCCUGGUGGAGCCUCAGGAUACAGUUGCCCAAAGACCGUCCCGGGCACGGUGCCGAGCAAGCUGGCCAUGCUCGGGGUGACAGGCGACAAAGUUCAAGGCGGCAACGACUCUGAUGAGGAGGAAGAGGGCGAGGAGGUUAGUGGCGACAUGUAAGGCAGAGGUUCGUGAUAUAUCUCACCCGUGCGCGAUUCCACUAUUGGACGAUCCAGUUUCCUUGACGGAUCGUCGUUCGGGCGCUGAUCACACGCGUACGGGCCAGACUAUUAUUCAUUGACCGCGCGUGGCUGCGGAACAAAUCUCGUCCACGCGCGUGUCAGCCUAGCCCAGUCUGGAUAUACCAUUUUGUUUGGUAUGGUACGCUCUGCUGUGAUGGGCCGCAAUACAGGGGGUCCUGCACGAACGCUGACUCUGCAAUCACUGUCCCAUCAAAGCUACAUGGGACUCUGAUUCUUAUCAUCGUCGAUGUGUUGCGAUGAUGCUUUGUUCAAGAUCCCGAGCUCUUUCGCCUUCUGCCUUCUAUUCCAACCUGGUACAGUGAGCAGCGUGUAUAUGUAUUUGAUGAAGGCGGGACUGGUAAGCAGCUGCUCAUCAUUUUCGCUGCUUUAUGUCCUUCGAUGGCAGAGCAGAGCCUCCCUGUUAAGGAGAAAUAUGAAGUGAGUAACUUAUAGAUGUGUGCCGACAACGUUCUACUCAUUCGCGCACGCACGCCUGCGCCCAUUGUGCUCUGUGCCCUCGUCAUGCGCCUCUUUCCCAUCAAUGUCUGAUCCAUGACCGUCGUCCUUGUCCCCAUUGCUCAUUGUCAUCGUCGCCAUCUGUCUCUGUGUGUCAGCCAGUGUAGCGUAUUGUCCCUCAGAAGUCUUUCCCAUCCCCCCGCCCCCUGGGAGGCCCUGUGGGAUGUGGGUGCAGAUCCUUGCGAGUUGGGUGGUCAACGAGGUGUCCCACGGCGGCCCUGCUGCCUCAAGCUGAGCGCUGGGUGCUGCACAUGUGGUGGGCAGGGCCAGCGGGCGUGAGCGAAACGGCUCGCGCUGUUCCCGCGGGAGCUGAGGCCCUCCCUCCUGCUGCACUCCCUGCCUGGAGAUCCGAGCCCUUCGCACCGGCGCGCACGGCGCCGGCACCGCAGCCCCCCCAGCCCCCUCAGCGGCACCGUCAGGGGGGGGCCGGGUUUUUGGCUCAUGCCCGUGCCACUCCCCCCUCGCCCUCGCGGCCAGUCGGGCCCCUCCCCCCCGCCCUGGCAGGCGGCCGCGCCCUCUCUGCCCCGCCGCCUCCCCUGCUGCAGCCCAGCACCGCACGCGCACGGCACGGCGAGGGAGGGCGCGGCCCCUCCGGCAGCCCCGCCCGCUCGCGCCUCCUCCCCCGGCACCUCGGGGGGCGGCCGCGAGGGGGGCCACGGAGCGCACGCCUCGACGAAGGAAAAGAGCACGGCACACGCCGUCGACCGUCGGAGUUCCGUUCGGAUGCUUUCCGGGAGCUGCGCCGGGCCCUCUGGCGGCGCGUGCGGCGCCGCCGCCCCCGGCGCGCCCUGCGCGCCAGGGGAGGCCUCGGAGGGGGGAUGCGGCGCCGGUCCAGGGAAUCCGCGCGGGCCGUCGGAAGUCUGUGCUUAUUCCGCUGCGUGCGCUUCAAGAUUAACCAG